AUGAAACAUUACUUUAAAUCAUCGAGUACACAAAAAAAAGUUCAUAGUAUAAUUAGUAUAUCUCAUCAGUAUGAAAACAACGAUGAAUGGUGGAAAGCUAAACUAAGGAUCGAAAAAAGUGAAGGUGAUGAAAACACUAAAGAAGGCCAGAUCGGGCUUGCCGAAUCUAAAAGUGGUUUAAAAGCUGUUUAUGAUUACAAGGCAUAG